AUGAGUAAUCAUCGAGAGAAAGGAAACGAAGCAUUUAAAAAAGGAGAUUUCGUUUCAUCAUGGACUCUAUACACACAAGGUCUCUCAGAAGAUCCGAUAGAUCCAUUCCUUUGGUGCAAUCGUUCUCUGGUAAACAUUAAAUUGGAGACCUUUGAACUUGGUUACAUGGAUGCCCUGAAAGCUCGUGACCUUUUAACUUCCUCCAGCAUUCCCAAUCCAAAUUCCCCGUACUCUACCCGAUUGUUAGAAGACAUUACUUUACAGAAUCUUCUCAUAAAAGCCUAUAGGCGAAUGGCCGAAUCGAUGUCAUUAUUUGGCGUCUCUCAGCGGGCAGUUGUUAUUCUGGAAAACUUGUUAAAUCAUCCGACAUAUAGCAAAUAUAUAACAAAUAACAAAGAUAAGGAGGAUUUUAAUGCUAUGCUUGAGAAUUGCAGAAAUAAAUCAAAGUCAACACGUGAAACGUUGACAAGAUCUAUUCCCGACACCAAUACUUCGAAACAAGAGUAUAUCGAUAAAUGCUUGGAUAUGGGAUCAAGUAAUUUUGAUUACCCUUGGGAUAGGAAACGACAAGAGAAUAGAUGUUCCGAUGCUAACAUUCAAUUACUCCAGAAAGAACUGACGCCUUAUCUUCAAUGCAAUGUUAGUGUGGGAAGAGUAACAUUUGCCAACAGUAACUCCAGCAAUUCUUCGAGCAGUGGAUUUUCGUCAUUUCAAAUAGGAGUAUUUUCAGAAGACGACAUUCCAGAAGGGAUGGUGAUCUGGAAGGAAGAAGCAUUUCUCGUGGUUCACCCUUACACCAUUCCAAGGUGUCAUCACUGCGCGCGUCGCAUCAGAGGCGUUAACAACGAACACCCAGAAGCUCCACCAAACUUCAAAUGCGAAAAAUCCAACUGCGAUGAGGUCUUCUGCGGCAAACAAUGUUAUGAGAUGGCAGAAUCACGAUAUCACACUCAUCUGUGUGGCAAGGAUCUUCAACCUCUUUUAUCACUCGUUCACCAAGGAAAAUCCGGGAAUAAUGACAAAAAUCCCAUGAUGCUUUUAAAACUAUUUGCCAUAGCGAAAAUCAAAAAAACCUCACCUCUUGAUGUUUCAAACAUAAGAUAUCUUUCUCAAUUUCACCCUUCGAAACCCUCGUCACCAUCGAUUUACAACACCUCAACCACUCUUCCGGCGAUAUUAAUUGAUUACUAUCUGGAAACCCUCAGCAUAUUAGGAAUCUCUCCGUACGACGUGAAAUAUGACUUUUGGAUUUAUAUUACAUUAUUCAAUAUUCUGAGAGUCAAUGUUUUCGGAUCUCCGGGAUAUUUAUGCCUAUACAGAUUCAUAUCUUUGAUCAAUCAUUCUUGUCAGUUCAACAUCACAACACUUCACCUGACUUCCAAUGAUGAGGAUCGGACUCCGAAAUACGAAUUCGAAGAGAAUGACAUGGCAGUUAUUGCAUCAAGAGAAAUCAAACGGGGUGAACAGAUACUCGCGAGUUAUUGUGAUUCGAGCAUUAACAAAAUGAGGAGAGGAAUGGUUUUGGUGCCUACAUAUGGAUUUGAGUGUGAUUGUGAGAAAUGCAAGAAUGAGGAUCCCAAGGAUCUAAGUUCUUUGUAUUCGGUUCCUCUCUGGCUCAUCAAGACUCCGGAGGAAUGA